AUGGGGUGUGGAAAGCCCCCCAACCACCCCAAGGAAUGGGGUGUGGAAAGCCCCCCAACCACCCCAAGGAAUGGGGUGUGGAAAGCCCCCCAACCACCCCAAGGAAUGGGGUGUGGAAUGCCCCCCAACCACCCCAAAGAAUGGGGUGUGGAAUGCCCCCCAACCACCCCAAAGAAUGGGGUGUGGAAUGCCCCCCAACCACCCCAAAGAAUGGGGUGUGGAAUGCCCCCCAACCACCCCAAGGAAUGGGGUGUGGAAUGCCCCCCAACCACCCCAAGGAAUGGGGUGUGGAAUGCCCCCCAACCACCCCAAGGAAUGGGGUGUGGAAUGCACCCCAACCACCCCAAGGAAUGGGGUGUGGAAUGCCCCCCAACCACCCCAAGGAAUGGGGUGUGGAAUGCCCCCCAACCACCCCAAGGAAUGGGGUGUGGAAUGCCCCCCAACCACCCCAAGGAAUGGGGUGUGGAAAGCCCCCCAACCACCACAAGGAAUGGGGUGUGGAAAGCCCCCCAACCACCACAAGGAAUGGGGUGUGGAAAGCCCCCCAACCACCACAAGGAAUGGGGUGUGGAAAGCCCCCCAACCACCACAAGGAAUGGGGUGUGGAAAGCCCCCCAAAGACCACAAGGAAUGGGGUGUGGAAAGCCCCCCAGCCACUACAAGGAAUGGGGUGUGGAAUGCCCCCCAACCACCCCAAGGAAUGGGGUGUGGAAUGCCCCCCAACCACUACAAGGAAUGGUGUGUGGAAUGCCCCCCAACCACUACAAGGAAUGGGGUGUGGAAUGCCCCCCCAACCACUACAAGGAAUGGUGUGUGGAAUGCCCCCCCAACCACUACAAGGAAUAG